AAACUCACAACCAACUGCCAACUGACUAGAAUUAGACAGUCGAGUGGCUAGACCUCCAUCCACUGGACAUUGCCGAACACCUGGAACCUGGAACCGAAAGAACAAGAAUCGAGCGCGAAGAAAUCAAAUUGGCUUACACUAGCUCGUGAAAAAGAUAUUGGAUAUUGGAUAUUGCACUGCGUCUCUCAACUUUCAAGGUUGAGUUGGUUACUGGAAACGGUAUUUCGUCUUGUAUUGGCGCCAAUGAAGUUGACAGAUUCUACCAUCCGGACAUUUAAACCUGUGAAAUAUUUUAAGGAAAACUCUGACCGUAUUAACUCUCUAAGUUAUUCCAGCAAUGGUGAGACGCUUAUUUCUAGCAGUGAUGAUGAUCAGAUGGUGACCUACGAUUGUUCUAGUGGAACACCUAAACGUACACUUAACAGCAAAAAAUAUGGGGUAAACUUGAUACAGUUCACCCACAGUCCAACUACUGCAAUUCACGCUUCAACAAAAAUUGAUGAUACAAUACGUUACCUUUCAUUACACGACAAUAAGUACAUCAGGUACUUCCAAAGCCAUACUAAAAGGGUUGUCUCUUUGUGUAUGUCGCCUAUUGACGACACCUUCCUGUCUGGUUCAAUGGACAGUACAAUUCGUUUGUGGGAUUUAAGGUCACCCAACUGCCAUGGUGUAAUGCAUGUUUCUGGUCGACCAACAGCAGCUUUUGAUCCAGAAGGAUUGAUAUUUGCAGCUGGGAUUAAUUCCGAAUCCGUGAAACUUUAUGACCUACGAUCAUUUGAUAAAGGACCUUUUGCUACAUUCAAAUUGGGUUUAGAGACAAGUGGAUGCAUUUGGACAGGUUUGCAAUUUUCUUCUGACGGAAAGGCUCUCUUGAUAACAACCAAUGGAACUCAUAUUCGUCUGGUUGACGCAUUUAAGGGAUCCCACUUGCACACAUUAACCGUCAUACCCAAUACUGAUAGACAAACUUUACAUGCCAGUUUUACACCAGACAGUCAGUUUGUUUUAAUUGGUUCUCCGGAUGGAAUUGUACAUAUUUGGUCUGUUGAAACUGGAGUACGUGUGGCAAGCCUACCAGGUUACGAAGCUGCUACUCAGUUGCCAAACGCAGCUAUUCAUAGUCUGGCCUUUAAUCCCCGGUUCGCAAUGUUAGCUACAGGAUCAAACCAAACAUCGUUCUGGCUUCCAACUCUUGAAGAGUAGAAAUGAGUUGUGUAUUUCUACUCCGCACCUAUGAUGUCAAAAUUUCUCAUUUUUUUUUCACUGUUGUAAAUAUUUUACUCUUUACUAGCAAAAUUGACAUUAUAAAUUUUCAAUCCAUGUGGCAUUAUUAGCGAUGCUUAAUGCUGAACCAUCGAAUAAUGUGCGAUAAAAUGAUAUGAUAAAAUGAAACGAGCUCAAGCCGUGUAAGAAGUUUGAUCUGAAGAUUGGAAAAAAUUAUUAUCAUACGUCAAGUUAUUUCGCAAAUACAAUCAAUACUACGCUAUUGUUAGAAAAUUAUUAAUUUUUAGUUGUAACAUUGAGAGUUCUAAGUUAGAGUUGACCAUUUUUGUAGGCGAAUCUGACUUUAAUACUUUGGUAUCCUAUAUAACUUAAUUAACUUACUACUAGAACACCUUGAUGUUACAAUGAUUGUCAAUGAUGAAAAAAUUAUAAGUCAUAAUAUGUGUUAGGGAAAGUAUUACUUUACACAUAUUAUACCAGCACAUUGGAUGUAUAAAGUCUAAAAUGUGAAGAAAUUAUGUGUUACAUGAACUGACAAGAAGGAAUGAUAAUACACUUGUAUAUGUAUCCCGAAUAUAGUCUAUGUGCUUAAGCCAAGAAGACGGACCUGUAAACAGCCACACAUAUGGAAGUGCACGUGGAUAAAAGUUCAUAACUGGUCAUUUGAAGAAAUAUGGAAUAACUCACACAAUAAUGGCACGAUUAAUUGCUAAAUUAUUGUCUGGCUCGGUGCAUUCAUACUACCUGGUUGUUGUCGCGCAGUUAUUGUAACCAAUGGCCUGAGACGUUGAGUGGCAUGCCUCAAAGUCGAUGACAGUGAAGCAGAUGUAUUUUCUGUCUGCCCUUAGAACCUAAGUCACAAAAUCGACAAACAUUUUUUAUUGUACAAUGUCAUUCUUUAUCAUGGAAUUUGAUUUUUUUUCUACUGCUACUGUUACUUAUUGAUUC